CGUGAGUCGCUGCGCUCCGCAGCUGAUGCGGUUUGUCGUGAUCCGUGGCUGUGUUUUGUUUGGAAAAAUGCGACAGAGACGCGACGAAUUUCGACGGUGUCAUUACUAUCGUACCGAGUGGCUGGACAAAUACGAAGCACGAAAAAUAAAUCGCGAGUGGUAAUGACACUCAAAAUACGGGAGAACGUCCGAAAUGACAUCCAGGAUACGCGAAAACAGUAACGAAAGUGAAACGGAUAGAAUCUUAAACAAUUGAUACGUUUGUUUCCUUUUCUUUUUUUUUGUAUUCGAUUACUAACAUGACACAAGAUUUGGCUCCCGUAAGUCGUUCGAAAUACUCAGAUUCGUUCUAAGAGUCGUUUCCGUGUCGAGGACAAUCGGUAUCAAGAAAGAAAGAUAGACAAAGAGUUCCCGUCGGCAUAUGCUUUGUGUUUAGUGGGCUCCUAUACACAGCGAAAUUGUGAGAGAGAAGUGCCGCGUUUACGAAUUUACCAUUUCACGCGUUUCUAGUUUUUACUUGAUACGGACUAACUGUUGUUAAUUUAAGAACAAAGAGUACGUCGAGUAAUUUCGUAUGAAAAUACCGUGAACGUAAAAAAAAAAAAAAAGAAAGAGUUACUCGUAGAAAGUUCCUUGUUCCUGUAACGCUUAGGAAUUCAGUGUUUUCAUUGUUAUAUUAUUAUAUAUUUUGGUGUUUACGUUUACUAAUUUGGCAUAGUAGAAUUAAAAAACCGUCGAUUAGAUGAAUGUUAUUCGACAAACCUGUUCGUGUUGACCAGUUUAUUCCGUGAUGAAAAUUCAUGUUAAAGAAGCGAGGUGUAUUCCAAGCUUAUGCAGAUAUCCCGCUAAAACGUGUGCAAUGUAACGGAUGUAUACAUUUCUCAAAACAACGACAGGGUUAACUCCAUUAUGGAGGCACUGCGUUUCGCUAUACAGACACGGCUAGGGGAGAGGAUAGUCAGCAUGAGCUCUAUGCUCGUGGAGACAGUUAGUAUAAACUAUGAAGAUUUUAAUGAAAGUUUUUUAACAUGUGGUACUUGUCUCUGUGUUUAUGAUGGUGGAGAGCAUACCCCUAAAUUAUUACCAUGUUCACACACAGUAUGUUUACAUUGCUUAACAAGAAUUGCUGCAUCUCAGACUCGCGAGACAGGUGCCUUUCGAUGCCCCAUUUGCAGAGAGUUAAUAACUAUUCCUGGUGGUGGAGUUCCUGCUCUGCCACCCAGUUUCCUUGUGAACCAACUUCUUGAUCUCAUGUCUAGGCAAAGACGAGAGGUUAUUCCAAAAUGUUCAGUUCACAUAAAUCAGGAAUUAUUAUUUUGUGAAACAUGUGAUACAGUGUUUUGUACAGCCUGUACAGGUGGAAAUCAUGCAGGAACAUCUCCAGGAUGUACUGAACAUACUAUCAUACCUUUCAGCAUUGCAAUAAAAAGGAUGUCUGAAAUUUUAUUAUAUAAAGCUAAUGAAUGUAUAUCCAAGUUAACACAGGCCCAAGAUUCUGUAAGUACAGAAUUACAACGAUUGGAUGCUUCUACUCAAAGGUGUCUGAAUGCUGUUGAUAAUGAAUUUGCAGAAAUUAUUGCAAAAUUUGAAAGGAGACGUUCAGAAUUACAAGCAGCUGUUACUGCCGCCGCAAGAGACAAAAAACAUGUCUUAGAAGAACAGCAUGCUCUCAUAGAAGCUGAGAAAAAUAAAGUGCAACGAGAAUGCGAAGGUUUACAGUACCAAGUUGAAGUACGAAAUAUUACACAAAGAAUUGGUAGUUUAUCUGACCAACUUGAUGCAGCAUCAGCACUUAGUGAACCUAAAGAAAAUGCCUUUAUUACUUUUGAAUUUAACCACAAUAAUGCGCUUUCUCAAUUAGAGGAUGCUCUUAAUAACUUGGGAAGAGUACGUUCUAGUACAACAUUGCCAGGUCUGUGCAGAGCCAGGUUGAAAGAUCCUGCUAUAGUUAGGUUACAAGCGUCUGUAAUAGUAGAGACUGUUGAUUAUCAUGGACAUCCUAGAAAUGUUGGAGGAGAUCUUAUCACUGCGGAAUUAACAUUAGCAGAUAGUAUCCAUUCAGAAAACCAAAGUUCCAGUAUUGACACAAAAGUUAUAGAUUUAGAUAAUGGUACAUACGAAGUAGUGUUUCGACCUCCGUCUGCGAGUCGCUAUGUUUUAAAAUUGUCAGUUUUCGAGCGGCCUAUCAAAGAUUAUCCAUUGUUUUUUGAUGCAACUGAACAUAACGAACCUGUUAAAGUAUACGGAAGACAAGGAAACGGGAAAGAUGAAUUUCAUCAACCAGUCGCGGUUGCUGUUGAUGACGAUGAUAUGAUAUACAUUUUGGAUACUGGGAACUCGCGUAUAAAGGUACUCAAUUGUGAUUUAGAAUUUCAAAGGCAUAUAACUAAUGAAGGUCUUGAAGGUUGUAGCUGUACAGGAAUUGGUAUUUCCCAACAAGGUCUUGUUGUUGUUAAUUGGAGAACGCGAGAAGUAACAGAAAUGAGCUCUUUAGGAGACACAAUUAAAUCUUUCUCUCAUAACGCAUUUCAAGAGCCAAUUGAUGUUGCGGUAGACAGAACUUAUGGACAUAUACUUGUUGCUGACAAUCGACAAAGUUGUGUUUUUGUUUUUGAUUCUGAUGGCAAAAUUCUUUUCCAGGUUGGAAAGAAGAGUACAUUUAACUUAAUUAGAGCUGUUACUGUUGGACCUAGUGGUGAAAUUAUAGUUGCUGAUAGCUGUAUUCAAGUGUUUUCUGCAAAGGGAGACUUCUCAGAAGAAAUAUAUUCGGAAGGCAAAGGAAAGGGCACUUACGGAGGUUUAGCUGUUGAUGCAGAAGGUAGAAUACUUGGUACUCGCACUGAUAAAGGACGCAGUAUAAUCCAAGUAUUAAAAUUAGGAGGAGGUAAUAUUUUAACUGAAAUUGAUUCGCAUAGUUCAAAAUUACGACGUCCUUCAGGUAUUGCAGUACUACCUCACAAUCACUUAGUAGUCGUAGAUUUGGGAAAUGAUUGUAUAAAAAAAUAUAGAUAUUGGUAAAAGCAGUUGAUUUUAAAACAUAAAAUUUAUGUUCACCAGAAAUGAUUCAGAUUACAGACAUAUACCAAAAAUGUGUUUAGCAUAGCUUCAAUUACUUGCUUUCAUAAAGCUUUUGUUAUAAUCCUACACAUACUUUUAUGUAUAAUGUCUAUGUUGGCGUACAUUUUUUAUAUACAAUUUUUAAGAAUUACUAACUUAGAUAAAUCAAAACAAUUUUAUCAGCGUAAAAAAAUAUCGUAUUUAAUAAUUUAAGUAUUACAUAUACAUAUGUAUAUAAAAUGAUUUAAGUUUAUUUAUGUGUUAGACUGCGACACAUGUCGCGCUCCUAAAAUGGAAGAGACUUGAUUAGCGUAACGUAAUUUAUAGUAUUUCGUGUCAUUAUAACUGUUAAUUUAAUUUAUUUACUUAAAAUCAGUAAAAGUGAUUGUUUUUUUAAUUUCUCAAUACUUAUUUGAACUAAUGUUUAAAUGUACUAUAAUACACGUUUUACACUGC